AUGACACCACCACCACAUGCAGACCCACGGAGCCCUGACAGCAUCGUGGACUACAAGCCAGAGGUCAAACGCGUCGAGGACGACGAUCCCGACGUCGCAGGAUUCAUCGCCUUGGUCUGCUCCAUCGUCGGACUCAUGAUCCGCAACAGGACCUCCCUCUGGAUCGGCACCGUCUUUGCCGUCGAAUCCUUCCUCAACCAACGCGCAAGCGACGGCGGUCUCCUGGGCUCGCCCGCUGCCACUAUCCUUUUCUCGAUUCUGUCCUUACUCAUGAAUUAUCUUCCAGAGAUCGUCGCCGCCUACUCCGGAGUCAAAAUCUAG